AUGCAAAGGAGCUCUCACCACUACAAACAUAACAUUGGAGAAAGGCUACAGACUCUCAGUGUACAAAGCAAGACAGAGGGAACAAAUCGUGGUCUUAGGCGCAGUUGUAUGGUCUCCUCAUCAUCCCCUAGGCCUCGAGUGCAGGCAUGCACCUGCACGAAUCGUCCCAGGCUGAAUCGCUGUAGCCCGCACGGGUAUGCAGUGCCGGGGGCUGAGAAGUGGAGGAGGAACAAUGCAAACAAGGAGGUGUUAAGGAGGGCGUUGAGAUCUACACCAAACCGAAGCUUAAGUCUUCGGUGGUGGAAUUUCCAACCAACGCCUAGUCGGCUCUCUAACAUGUCUAUGGCUUAA